CUUCCUAACGGCCCCCUUUGUGUGUGUCUCUGUGUCCCAGCUACGGCGGUGAGGUGUGCGGCCUGUGCGGCGACUACAACGGAAUCCCCGGUGACGACUUCCGGACCCCCGAGGGACAGCUUGCCAAAGACGCCAGUGGUUUUGGGAACAGCUGGAACGUGGCGGAGGACUGCACCUCGACAGACACUGAGGUGACACCCCAGUGCACCGAGGGCGAGCAAGAGGCAUAUGAAGGAGCCUCCUACUGUGGGGUACUGCUGGAUCAAUAUGGCCCCUUCGCCUCCUGUCACUACAAGAUUGACCCCAUGGCCUUCUUCAGAGACUGCGUCUACGACAUGUGUGAGUUGGACGGCAACAGGCAGCAGCUGUGUGAUGCUCUGGAGGCCUACGUCAAUGCCUGUCAGCAACGCAACGUCACCAUCCGACCCUGGAGGAACGACACCUUCUGCCCCCUGGUGUGCCCGUCGAACAGUCACUACCAGCCAUGCACGUCGGCCUGCCCAGCCACCUGCCUUGACCCUCGACCCCUGCCCUGUAACCUGCCCUGUGUGGAGGGCUGUCAGUGUGACCGGGGCUUUGUGCAGAGCGGGGCCCAGUGCGUUUCCAGGGACCAGUGCGGCUGUGCGUUCAACGGAUCCAAUUAUCAGCCCAGUGAGGUGAUCUGGUCUGAGGCUUGUAACCAGGUGUGUAAGUGUCUGUCCAGCAACAACGUCCACUGCACGGACACCAGCUGCUCCCCAGACGAGUACUGCGGCAACAAGGGUGGAGUCCAGGGUUGUUACCCGAAAGGUUGGUCCACCUGUACGGCAUCUGGAGACCCCCACUAUACCUCCUUCGACAAGAGGAAGUUUACUUUCCAAGGGAACUGCACUUACGUGCUGGCCAAGACCUGCAACACCAGCCAGACCCCCUUCACCAUCUACACAGACAACGAGUAUCGCCACGGGAGGACGGCCGUCUCUUACGUCCGAGCGGUCUAUGUGAGGGUCUACGGCAUCACCGUGUCGGUCCUCAGGAACAAAGUCGUCCAGGUCGAUGGAAAGACAGUGAACACCCCCAGUGCACCAGUCAACGGGCUCUUGGUCAGCCGAUCUGGCAGGCACGUCGCCGUAGAAACGGAGUUUGGCCUGACGGUGAGAUACGAUGGCCGGCACCAUGCAGAGGUCAAAGUGCAAAGCAGCUAUGGUGGUGAGCUGUGCGGUCUGUGCGGUGACUACAACGGAAUCCCCGAUGAUGACUUCCGGACUCCCGAGGGACAGGUUGUGAAAGGCGUCAAUGAUUUUGGGAACAGCUGGAAUGUUCAGCAGAAGUAA